CCUGCAGAAUCAAUACUACCACCCACUUCCCUUCCACCAGCCCCAGUCUCAGGGCAAGAGCUAGGCAUUAGCUCCGGAGAGGGGUAUGGAAAUGCCAAACACUGCACCCCUGAGGGAGAUCUCUUCAAGCCCUCUCCCUCUCCAGGCUGGGCCUUUGUGAAGCUGGAGAAGCUGUCUUGAACCCCUUGGCUUGCUCAGAAUCUCUGCGAAUCAGCUGCAGGGGAAACUGGCCACUGGACAGAACGUUCUGGAGGGAGGUGGUUGCUGUCAAGGCCAGGAGGGGUUGGCAGGCUAGCCAUCCCAUUCCCCAACCCCAUGCCAGUUCCUGGGCACCUAAGAGCCCUCCCACCCCCAUUCCUGCAUUUCCUGUCUGCAGCUGAUCUGUCCCUCCCUGGGAGGAGGCUCUCACCCCCGGGCAUUUGGAGGGUGGGGAGCCUUCCUCCUCCCUUUGUUCUGAUUGCAGAAAAGGAGGGGGCUCCAUGCCAAGCAGGGCUGCCUGGGACAGACGCUGCCACGGAUCACUGCGGCUGCUUGCACUCUGGACCACGAGCUCUGAGAGCAGCAGGUGAGGGCCGGUGGGCAGUAGCUUGGAGGCUCCACGAGGUGCAGGGACGCAGGCAUGGCUGGCGAGCUGACUUCUGAGCAGGUGGCCAAGUACAAGCAGGCCUUCUCUGAGUUCGACUCGGAUGGAAACGGCUCUAUCAACGCCCAGGAGCUGAGCGAGGUGAUGAAUUCCCUGGGAAGCGAUCUCACGGAGGACGAGAUAAGGGAGCUCAUCGCCACGUUGGACAGCGAUGGCGACAGCGAAAUCAGCUUCCCGGAGUUCCUGGAGGCGGUGAAGAAGCACAAGAUCGGCCUGAAGGACCUGCAGGCCGCCUUCCGUGCCUUCGACCUGGACGGCGACGGCCACAUCACCGUGGACGAGCUCAAGCAGGCCAUGGAGAAGCUGGGGGAGCAGCUGUCGCAGGAGGAGCUGAAUGCCAUGAUCCGCGAGGCCGACGUGGACCAGGAUGGGCGUGUGAACUACGAGGAGUUUGCGAGGAUCCUCUCCCAGAAGUGAGGCUCCCAGCUUCCUUCUGCCGCGCCCGGUGGCCUGCUGUCCUCCGAGCCUUUGUGGCUGCCUGCUUCUGCUGCUUUUGUGCUGGGACUUUUCCAGGGAAGCCUGGUCGGUGGAUGGGAAACUGCCUCCCCCUGGGAGGAAGGCUUUGCGCUCUGGGACCUGGAUUCGGCGCCCUUGGGCCGCCUGCAAGACCCUCUCUGCUUUCGGACCUUGGGCAGAAGGUGGCCUCCUUGGGCCUGGUCCCUUUUUGCCCUGCAGUGGAAUGGGGGUCCUCAGCUCAGGGCUGCCCUGAGGGUCCCUCAGCCCUGCAAUGUUCUAAAUAAAGGACUGCCACAUCCCA